AUGGCUGAUAAAGGCUUUGAAUUACCUACUGCGAUUCAAGCAAAAGCUAUUCCUGUGAUUCUUGGAGGUUAUAACACACUUGUCACUGCAGAAACGGGAUGUGGAAAAACAUUAGCCUAUUUGUUACCAAUUUUUCAACAUGUCCUGGAAUGGAAACCACAUUUGAAGGAAGAGUUUAACAGUCCUUUGGCUGUUGUUAUAACGCCUAGUAGAGAACUUGCUAUCCAAAUAGGUCAAGUUGCUCAGAGCAUAGCUCAAAACAUUAAUAUCAACGUAACAACACUGGUAGGUGGGAAAACAAAGCGGAAGAUGCUAGAUCCCCCUGUAGAAUACAGUGACAUUCUUGUCACCACUCUUGGUGCAUAUAGCAAACUUGUAACAACAGGCAUUUUCAAGAUACAUAAUGUGCAUCAUAUGGUAUUAGAUGAAGCAGACACAUUAUUGGAUGACAGUUUUAUAGGAAAACUUUCAAACUUAUUGAAGAAGUUUUCAAUUCAUUAUAAGGUUCAAAUCCAAACACCUCCAGUUGGUUGCCAGCUGACGCUUGUUAGUGCCACCAUGCCGCAUGAAAUGCCGGAAGCUGUCAGCUCUUUUGUUGACCCAGAGUCUGUGCGAACGGUUCAGACCUCCAACAUUCAUAUGAUGCUUCCACAUGUACCCCAAAAGUUUAUUCGUCUGGGCAAAGCGCAAAAACCGAUGGAACUGUUGAAGUUGGUGCUGGCGGACGUCAACCAGAAGCGACCGGUGAUGAUCUUCUCCAACAAAACACCAACCUGCGACUUCGUCUCGAUGUUCCUGAACGAGAACAACGUCGAGUGCAUCAACAUAAACGGCCAGAUGGCCGUCGACUUGAAGAUUGGGAAAUUCGAAUUGUUCAACAGCGGUUCGGUGAACGUCCUGUCCUGCACCGACAUUGCGUCCCGUGGAUUGGACACUAUAGGGGUGCGACACGUGAUCAACUACGACUUCCCGCUGUACACAGCCGACUACAUCCACCGCUGCGGCAGGACCGGCCGCAUGGGCUCGCCGCCCGGCUGCUCCGUCACCAGCAUGGUGGCGUGGCCGCGCGAGGUGCAACUGGUGCAGAAGAUGGAGACGGCCGUGAGGAUGGGCGCAGCCCUGCCCAGCGUCAACGCCAACAUCCGCCGCCAGAUCCAGGACAGGAUCACCAGGAUGACGGCCGCCGCCAUU